AAACAGGAUGAUGGUGGCAGAACUGUGACAGAGGCGCUGCUAACUGAAACCUGCGGAGUGACAAAGAGGAACUCCCGAUUUGAUGGAGGUGAUUCAUCGGCAAACACUGUUUGACUUCCACGGAGUCUCCAUGUCCCAACACUUCACUAACAACUGGGACGAGAUACAGAACUUUAAAGCGAGACCAGAUGAUAUUCUUAUAGCUACUUAUCCUAAAGCAGGAACAACAUGGGUCUGCUACAUCCUGGAUCUUCUGUAUUUUGGGACAUGUCCAGAGCGUCAGGCGUCCAUCCCUCUUGAUCAGAGAGUGCCGUUUCUAGAGAUCAUCAAACCUUCUCUACCCACAGGUAAAGACUUGGCAGACCAACUUCCCACCACUCCUCGUCUCAUCAAAACUCAUCUACCACUCCAGUUUGUGCCAAAGUCCUUCUGGGAGCAGAACGUCGGGAUAGUCAACGUGUUUCGUAAUGCAAAGGACAGCGCGGUGUCCUAUUACCAUUUUUGCCGCAUGAGCAACGCCAUGCCAGAACCUGGAGACUGGAGCACCUUUCUACACAACUUCAUGGAGGGAAAAGUGGUGUAUGGAUCCUGGCAUGACCAUGUGAACGGCUGGUGGGAGAAGAAACAGACGUAUCCAAAAAUCCACCAUAUGUUCUAUGAAGAUCUGAUUCAGGACACGGGACGAGAGAUAGACAGACUCUGCUCCUUCCUUGGUUUGUCUCCUUCAGCUGAGGAGAAGGAAAGAGUCACAAGUGAAGUGAAGUUUGACAAUAUGAAACAAAACAAGAUGGUCAACUAUUCCACUGUCCAAAGUAUGAAUCAAAAAGUGUCUCCUUUCAUGAGAAAAGGGAAAGUUGGUGACUGGAAGAAUCAUUUCACUGUGGCCCAGGAUGAAAAGUUUGAUGAGGACUACAAGCAGAAAAUGAAGACUAGUACACUGCAGUUUCGUUCUGAAGUUUAGAGGCCCGUGCACCCUUGUCACUGUGGUUCAUUUGUUGAGUUUACGGAGUCAGAUGUUAAAGUUGGUUGACAGAAAUAUUGUCUAAAUUGUUUUUAUUGUGAUGUUCAUUGAUGACAUUCAUAUGUUUAACCCUUGUUGAAUCGAUGGCAUCACCCAGAGGCCGAUCACUGGGAUGAUACAUGUUUGGGUGCUUUGAAUGUAAUAUACCCAGAAUAAAAAUAACUAAAACA